CAGAUCCGUAAGUCACUGUGGCGCAGUUUAUCAUCACACAGUGGAUAAAAUAUAAAAUGGAGAGUUAAUUUUUGGAUUCUCAUGCAUCUGAUAGCAGCAUUAUUAAUUGACUGACUUGACUGCAAAUGGGAAAACUUGCUGGACCACUUAACCCAACCUGUAUCAAGGAUGCCUUUGCAAGUUCAACGUUGUAUUUGAGUGAGCAAAACAAGCAUGGCUGGGAGAGUGGAAAAGGUAUCCAAGUACGAAACGCUGAAGCUUUUAGAAAAGUGCCGAAAGGAAAGAGACGACGCUUUGCACCGUGAGAACGCGAUGAGGGAGAAACUGAGACAAUACGAGUCGAGAAUGAGAUCGACCGAAGCGCUCAAACAGAAACUGAAGCAACAAACUCUGGACAACAAGGAGCUUCGGAAGCACGCGAAGACUCUGCGGGCUGAAAUUGGGUUGGAGUCGAGUCCGAAAUUUUUCGGUAAAACUACCAAGGAUAUAAUAAACGAUCUGCACGAGAAGGAGCGUGAGUGUAGUUCGCUCGUUGAAAAGGCUGGGAAGUUAAGUUUGACUAUUGAUGAACUGACGUCUGAACUGGCCAACACGGUGACUUCAAAGACACUCCUGGAAGACCAAGUACAGUCGCUGCAACAAAACUUGAAAGAUAUGACAAAUAAUCAGCGACGUCUGUUGAAGUUAUGGGAGGAUAAGAAGGCUCAACGUGAACAGCUGUCAUUGCCUGCGAUACCUAAGAGACCCGGACAAAAGCCGGUGGUGCAUAAAGGCGUCCAGACUGACAUGUCUAUAAAUUCGACUCAGAUAUUACCAACAAAUGCGUUUGAGACCAAGACGCGUCGCGAUUCGGAUAAAAGUAGAACCAGCUUUGAGAGACGCAGCAUCACGUUAACAAACGGCACUCAUCGAGAGAAAAAUGCUUUGAUUCAGAAUGAGUCGAAAGGAAUAUACAACUGAGAAUUAUUACAUGAAACA